AUGGCUCCCCUGCCUCUUCUUCCUCAGGUCCUGGUUCCAGUCCUCGUCCUGCUCUGUCUCUCUCCGGCCUGCGCUGCCCGGAGGGUCUCGGUGGCGGUCUACUACGAGACGCUGUGCCCGUUCUGCUCGGGCUUCGUCGUGAACGACCUUGCCAGGAUCUUCCGGAACGGCCUCUCCUCCAAUGUCGACCUCCGGCUCGUCCCUUUCGGCAAUGGGCGCGUCUCGCCCGACGGAUCCAUGACCUGCCAGCAUGGGGAGGAUGAGUGCCGACUCAACGCCAUACAAGCUUGCGUUAUCAGUGUCUGGCCUGAUGCGGAACGGCAUUUCCCUUUCAUAUAUUGCAUCGAGCAUUUGGCUCUGACUCAGAAAUGGGGCGCGUGGCAGUCAUGCUUUCACGAAGCUGGUCUGGUCUCUCAGCCUGUCUUGGACUGCUACAACUCAGGAUACGGUAGGCAGCUCGAACUCCGGUAUGCGGCAGAGACGAAUGCUCUCCAGCCCCCUCAUAAGUUUGUGCCUUGGGUGGUCGUGAAUGGGAGACCCCUUGGCGAUGAUUACACCAAUUUCGAAGCCUACGUUUGCAACGCUUAUGACGGCGAACUUCCAGAGGCAUGCAGGGGAAAGCACCUGCAAAUUGCUCAGCACACAAGAGCAAGCCCAGGACACAAGACGUUCAUGUCAGUGGAACGAUGGUGGACAGGUGGUUGCGGUCGGCGGUGCAGGACAUGA